CCAGCCCAGCCCAGCCCAGCCAAUGUUAAAGGACGUCGCUUCGCCCUUCGCUCCGGUUCCUCGAAGGCUGGCGCGGCACCAAGAGCCACCACCACUACCCGACCAUGCAGCCGUUGCUGCUCCGGAGAUGCCCUGCGGCUGCCCUACGGCUCUUGAACGCGCCGCUUCCCCGCACCAGCCUCCCGCAGCGAUGCUACUGCGCCGGCUCUGCCCAGCCGGGGCUGCUCUUCCGACAGCUCUUCGAGUCAGAAAGUUAUACUUACACUUACCUGCGCAUGAAGACAAAGGAAGCCGUUCUAAUAGACCCCGUUUUGGAAACAGCCAAGCGCGAUUCAACAUUGGUGAAGCAACUUGGACUUAAUUUGCUAUAUGCAAGUGAUCACACUCAUUGCCACGCUGAUCAUAUCACUGGCACGGGACUCCUGAAGCAGCUCCUUCCGUGUCGCAGUGUCAUCUCCAAGCACAGUGGGGCCAUUGCUGAUCUUCUGAUCCAGGAAGGUUAUCACCUCAAAUUUGGAGCUUUUGUGUUAAAAGCUCGUGCCACACCUGGCCACACGGACGGCUGCUUGACCUAUGUGCUGAAUGACAACACAAUGGCUUUCACGGGAGAUGCUUUGCUGACGGGAUGUGGCAGGACGGAUUUCCAACAAGGUUCUGCCGAAACCCUUUACAACUCCGUCCACAAGGAAAUCUUCACCCUUCCAGGUGACUGCCUGAUCUAUCCUGCCCAUGACUACACAGGCCAGACGGUGUCUACGGUGGAGGAAGAGCGAACUCUGAAUCCCCGUCUGACCUUGUCCAAGGAGGCUUUCGUUGAGCUGAUGAACAAUCUGAACCUACCCAAGCCCAAAAAGAUUGACAUUGCAGUCCCUGCAAACCUCAAAUGCGGAAUCCAGGAUGUCCCUAUUUAAGGCACGUCUCUUCUCUCAGGAUCAACGAUAUUCAGGGAACCUAGAAAGCCUCCCCCCCCCACUUCCUGGUGUCACUUCUGCACUCUUGCGCAAGACGCAGGUGAAGCAAUAACCGUCAAAUGCAACUCUUCGCUUCCAAUUCUUGAACUGAUUCCAAAACGAAGAGGGACCCGCUUUAUCACUCCAGCUUCCUCGUUUUUAUUUAGUUAUCUCUUCAUUAGCAAACAGCGCCUGGCACUCUGGCCUCACCUCAAAUCUGCACUGCGUGGCCUUUGAAGGCUGUUCUGCUUUGAGACGCGAGUCUCUUUCCUCCAACAUCUGACGGAGGCCCUUGGGCCGUGAAUGACUGGAACUCAACAGAGACAGCCUUCUGGGUCCAACAAAUAAAAUCCUUUUGUUUCUUAA